AAGUUCAUCAUGAGUUAAAGAGUUAUCUUUGAAUCUUUUCCAAAAAAAUAAACUAACUUUCUAAAUGAACUAAUAUAAGGACUGAGAUGCAUUUUUACUUUACAUUUGAUGCCACGAAUGAAGAACCCUGAGACGAGUGCAAAGUGCAACGAUUCAUAUUCAAAUCUUCAACGUAAUCAUUAACUUCAACCAAAUAAAUUUUUGCAAUAUCAUCACCACCGCGUUCAAUUCUCACUGCCGCCGUUGCCGCCUCAGUGAAGAGAGGGCCACGUGGUUUCAUUUACAACACCUGAUUGAUCUCAAGGCUGAAAAAGUUUCAAAGGCAGGGUGCUUUUGGCGCCUCAACCGUAGGCAAUCCAUUUCCAAUACAUAUGAUUGGGCGAUUACUUCAUCUUUCACAACAACUUCUCCCAAUCGUUUUCUUCGCUGUCAUCACAGUUACGAUAUGUCUGUUACAAAGUUGAUUAAAUGUGUUAUUCUGGAUUUGGAUGGAACAUUACUCAACACAGAUGGCAUCGUUUGUAACGUUUUGAAGAUUUCAUUAGGAAAGUAUGGAAAAGAAUGGGAUGGAAGAGAAACCCUUAAAAUUGUUGGGAAGACUCCGUUUGAAGCUGCUUCUGCUGUUGUUGACGAUUAUGGACUUCCUUGCUCACCAAUUGAAUUUGUUUCUGAGCUUUCGCCGCUAUUCUCUCAGCAGUGGUGCAAUAUUAAAGCACUUCCUGGUGCUAAUCGAUUGAUUAAACAUUUGAAGAGCAAUGGAGUUCCAAUGGCCUUGGCAUCAAACUCUCCAAGGGAAAGCAUUGAUGCCAAAAUAUCCUUUCAUAAUGGAUGGAAAGAUUCUUUCUCUGUCAUAAUUGGGGGAGACGAAGUUCGAACAGGAAAACCUUCCCCUGACAUAUUCUUUGAAGCUGCAAGGAGGUUAAGGAUGGAGCCUUCCAGCUGUCUUGUCAUUGAAGACUCUCUACCAGGUGUUACUGCAGGUAAGGCUGCUGAAAUGGAAGUGGUUGCUGUACCAUCACUCCCGAAACAGUCUCAUCUCUAUACUGCAGCAGAUGAGGUGAUAAAUUCCCUACUUGAUUUGCAACUUGAAAAGUGGGGUCUACCACCAUUUGCAGAUUGGGUGGAGAGAACUUUGCCUGUAGAUCCUUGGUAUAUUGGUGGUCCUGUCAUCAAGGGAUUUGGUCGUGGGUUGAAAGUACUCGGGAUUCCUACAGCCAAUUUGUCAACAAAGGACUGUUCGGAUCUCCUUGCACAAUAUCCUUCAGGAGUUUAUUUUGGUUGGGCUGGAUUAUCAACAAGAGGUAUUUUUAAAAUGGUCAUGAGCAUUGGUUGGAAUCCAUAUUUCAGCAACAAAGAAAAGACUAUAGAACCAUGGUUGCUUCAUGAAUUCACUGAGGAUUUCUAUGGUGAAGAACUGCGGCUGGUUAUAGUUGGUUACAUACGUCCUGAGUUCAAUUUUCCCUCCCUUGAAAGCUUGAUUGCUAAGAUUCAUGAAGACCGCAGAGUUGCUGAAAAAGCUCUUGAUCUUCCCGUGUAUUCAAGUUACAAGAAUGAUUCACAUUUGAGAGUCUCAUGAUACUGAUAUUUUUUUAGCUUCUUAGGGAGAUACUCAUCAUUUGUACUAGUGCCAAAAACAAUUCUGUUGUAUUAUUCCCUGUGAUUCUUAAUCACCAAACUACAUUCAUUGUAAUGAAAAAGGCCACUAUUUCACUUUGAAUAUGUGAUGUGUCCAUCAGGGGUUUGAAUCCUUAAUUGAACUCCUAACAAUUUCUUGUUUCAUAUAUGAAAUCUUUGUUCCUCUGAAUGAACAAACUGUAUUGUCCUUUCAA